UAGGUUGGUGUCACCAUCACCCUUCCUGAAGACAGCUUCCGUAAGACUACGAAUUACGCACAGAAAGCGACUCCUCCCCACGCCUGCUCGCUCGCUGGAUGUGGAUUUGGGAAUUGAUCCAUAAACAUAACGUCGACGUGUAAGCGUUGCGAGUGAGUGCGAUUCUGGUGUAUGGCGCGCGCGGUCAGAUCUGUGAGGGUCCUGCGAGCCAUGGCGGCGGUGGAGUGUAUGCGACGGUCGUGGCGUAGCGGAAUGGUCGCCCUAGUCCUUGUGGUGACUCUGGCACUGCUCGUGCCUCGCGGCGUUACUGCCAAGCUCUCGUCCAUGACGGUGUUGGAUAGCCCUAUCCGAGACACUCAGUGGGUCGGUCCGUCUGACGAGAUCGUGUUCACAGUAACGGAGGAAGGCCAUGUGUGGGCCAGCAGGGACGGAGGCCUCUCAUGGAACGACCAUUCUGCACAGGGAAAGAUUCCCGGGGGAACGGACAUUCCACCAGCCAGGGGAGCGUACGAGCCACCCAAGGGAGUGCAGGCGUUCUACUUCCAUCCGUCCAAGCCAGAAAAGAUGUUCUUCAGGGGAGGAGGCGACACACACUGGAUCACCACCAACGCAGGCGAGUCAUAUGACAGGGUGGAGGGACCGGCAGGGCACAUGGGUGUGGCUACAGUGCGCCUGCACCCCAUGGAGAGCGACUGGGUGCUGGCCAUGGUGCGGCGCUGGGCGUGCUGGUCCAAGGACGACAACCAACGAGGCACAUGCGCCGACGAUUUGUUCCUCACUAAGGACUUUGGCCGCACGUGGCAGAACCUUACAGAGAAGGCUCAGGGUCGUAUUCUCGGUUUUGUGGACUUUGACUGGGGGUGGAGCAAGACGCCUGGCGACACGAAGCACCACAGCACCUACACCCGGGACACCAUUCUAGCGACUGUCUUUGAGAACCGCGACGAGGUGCGGGAGCACCUGCGCGCCAACGGAGUGGCGCUGGCGACGGGAUGGGACGCGUAUGUGGACUUUGUGCACACGAGCGACUACUUCGGCAGCAAGCACACACGCACCGUGCCGUGCGGCAACCAGUUUGAGAUCAUGAACGACAAGCUCUUCCUCGCGGUAGCAGAGGGGUGCAGCUCGGGCUCGCGUGCUGAGGGGCGCUCGGGCGUGCGGCUGAAGAUCUCAGCGGACUAUGGAGGCUCCUUCCUGGACGCCUGCUUCCCACGCCCGCUAGUGCAGCGGGGCUAUUCCGUGGUGCACACCACGGCGGACACGGCGUUUGUGAACGUGGACUAUGCGGAGGGGUCGCGGGUGUCGCCGUACGGAGAUCUGCUCGUGGCGGACGAGUCGCUCUCGCUGUUCGGGCUCGCCUUGAGAAGGAAUGCGAGGAGCAUCAGUGGGGCCGUGGACUUUGCCGCUCUCCAGGGCCUGCCUGGAGUGUACGUGGCGAAUCAGCUGUCCGAGUACACCGAACCACUGGUGGCGGAGCAUGGGGCAGGGACCACAGAGGAGGACGACAUGACGUUCGCCCGCUCUACCACGCUCAUCACGUUCAACUCCGGCGCCACCUGGGAGCCCAUCAAGGCGCCAGAGUACGACACCAACCGCCGCCCCAUCCACUGCGACACACGCGAUGGCUGCUCGCUCCACCUGCACGGCACGACCAGCUGGAUCGGGGGCUCGGGCUUCGCGUUCGUCUACUCCCAUGCCUCCACCCCGGGCCUCAUCAUCUCGACUGGCAACGUGGGCACGUUUCUUUACCAGGACUCCACUAUUAAUACCUAUCUGUCGCGUGACGGUGGGCAGACGUGGGAGGAGAUAGCCAAGGGGUCGCACAUCUACGAGUUUGGAGACUCGGGGGGGGUGAUUGUGAUGACGAAGCACGGGCUGCACACGGCGUCGAGCGAGGUGAUGUACUCGCUGGACGAGGGGCUCUCGUGGGAGGAGGAGACGUUUGCGGGGGCGGAGCAGCAGGUGGAUAUAUUCAACAUCCGAGUGGAGCCGGACAACCAGGGCAAGAAGUUCCUCAUUCAGGGUCUGACGGUGGACGAUGGCAGCGGGGGCGCGCGCAAGGGCGUGCUCGUCUCGCUGGACUUCACAGCACUGCCCGAGUACAAGCUGUGCCAGAGCAGCGACUACGAGUUCUGGACGCCCACCGCCUCCCGCUGCUUCCUCGGCCAAAACAUCUCCAUCCAGCGCCAGCCCCGUUCAUCCAAGUGUUGGAACGGUGAGAAGUACACGCGUCCCGCCCCCCAGAUCACCGAGUGCGAGUGCUCCCAGAACGACUACCAGUGCGACUUUGGUACCGAGCCCGACCCCAGCGAGCCAACCACAUGCCGCCACCUGUCCGCCUCUGCUGUCGACAGCUGUCCCUCGCUUGCCGGGAAGGGCUUUAAGCCCAACCCGGAUAACAAGCGGCAGAUAGCGGGGGAUAAGUGCAAGGGGCAUUGGUCCGGGGCUGGGAGCAAGAGCAGCUCGAGUUUCACCCCUACUGCCAGUAGCAGCAGCUACAGUGGUGCUGGAUUCAACAGCCACAGCAGCAGCAGCAGCGGUGGUAGCAGCUGGUUCCAUUCGGGUGGGGGAAGCAGUGGCAGCAGCAGCAGCUGGUUCCACUCCCGUGGCGGCAGCAGCCCCAGCAACCCUGUUAGCCAGGCGGGAGUGAGCAGCCAUUCUGGCUACAUCCCUCCCUCCCCCAGCGACAGCAGCAGUAGCUACAGCAGCAGCAGCAGCAGCAGCAGCAGCGGUGAGAACAGCCAUCGCGGGUGGGGCAUUCUGGGGACUAUCUUUGCCCUGCUGGUGCUGGUGGCGCUGGCAGGGGUUGCGCUCACCAUGCUGGCAUCUCGUGGGCUCCUCCCGGACAGUGUGCUGCGAUAUGUGCCCUACCUUGAGAACGUGCGCUAUCAGAACCUUCGCAGCAACUUUCAGUCGCUUGCGCAUGACUUUGGGCUGGGUGGAGGGGACGAUGACUAUGAGGAGAUGUACCGCAGGCCGUAAUGGCCAGGGCGAGCAGGCUGGUGGGCAGAUGGGAGACCGGGCUGUGAUUAAACACGAUGAUUAUUAUGAGGAGAUGUACCGCAGGCUGCCGAGGGUGGGGAAGGGCAGGGGGGAAUAGAAGGGGGGAGGGGAAGAGGGGAGUCUUAGGAAUGUGACUGUAUGCAUACUGUAGGUGGUGGUGCGUUUCAAGAAUUGUGAGUAAUCAAUUGGGUGAUUCAAGGAAUGGACUGCAGGGAGUGGGGUGGAUUGAGGUGAUUUUCCGGUAGGAGCAUUGGGAGGGAGAUGGGGUGGGUUGGUGGGACUGAGAACUUAGUGUCAUGCAAAUGUUCUUUUACAUGUAGUGUUCACAUGUGCUGAAUGCUAGGUGCUGGCGAUACAUACCAGUACUGCACUUUU